UGACGAACUGUAAUUGGCGUCAUCUUCAUCUGACGAGACGACACUGGUGUAAAAGCGGUGGAACUGAUGAACCGUUUAAACAUCUUCAACAAUGAAAUCGCCAGAGCAACGGGCCCAGGAACCGAUAGGCAAAGCGCCUGCAAUAUCAGACUUUAAAUGCAGAAAUAGAAAGCACAACAACAACAACAACAACAACAACAACACGCCCAGGAUAAAAGCCACACAGCCCCAUACAUCGACUCCGUGUACGCUCCCUGUGCACCCUCCUACAACCACCAUUUACGGGAAACAGAACAAACCACACCUCUCCAAACCUGACCCCCUGAGCACCCCCCCCCCAGCUUCCUGUUGUUGGUCCAACCAACUUGGUAUAUCACAAGACGCAUCAACCGCAGCCAGAGAGUAGCCCUGUUGCUUGUUUCGGGACCGUGGACAUCACUACACCCAAAGAAAUGCAUCACAUCAUGGACCCUCUGAUUCAACUCCC